AUGAUAAAAAUCCAUUUCAAAUUAAAAAAAAAUAUACUUGCAAUAGACACCCCAGAUUAUAGGAAUUUAUCGAUGCCAGAAAAAAAUGCUUUCAUAUAUGUUUGUGGAUUUCUAAUGAAGAAAUGCAUUGAAAAACACUCUUGUGAUAUUUGUAUUCAAUAUGCAAAAUCACAAAACAAAUUGGAUGAGUCCUUUUUACUUUGCUAUUUAAAAGCAUAUGAGAAUGCAGAAAAAACAAUGUUUGGCAACUUAAUGAUGCCACAACAUGCAUUUUAUGAUUAUAUUGAUGAAUUGGAAAACAUAUUUAUAAAUAGAUUUCCACACAUAGCUAUUAACAAAGAAGUAGGUAUUAAGUUAAAAUUAAGCAUGAUUAAUGUUGUAUUUAGUCAUUCAUGUCCUCUUUUUAGUAAAGAUUAUUUAAUUAAUUAUUUUAUUAGAUUUAGAAUUCAUGCUGCAAUUAAAUUUUUAAAUAGGAAUUUAAUAUCAGAAAAAAUAAAAAAAUAG